AUUAACGUCUAUAUAUUCCAUUACAAAGAACCAAUUCUAAAUCCACUAAACAUCCCAAAUUAACACCAAAUAUUCACUUGUAAUCUAAUCCAAAUCCUCAUGAAAGGAACUGCUUCAACGUCUCUUUCGCCGUGGCACUCACCGAUGCCAUACUUUUUGGGAGGCCUAGCUGCAAUACUUGGUCUCAUUGCUUUUGCUCUCUUGAUACUAGCUUGCUCAUACUUCAAUUUUGCUGAUGACAUCGAGAACGCGUCUAACGGUCGACAGGUAAACCUUGAAGCUGGAAAUUCCAAACUCAACAAUCACAACAAGAAGUUUCCAACAUAUUUGGAAGAGAAGUAUCUAGUAAUCAUGGCAGGACAAGCGGCACCAACGUUUUUGGCAACACCCAUUUCGAGCAAAGAGUUGUUGUCUAGUGGAAAUUCUAAGGAGGGAUCGUCUAUUUCCAACAUAGAAAUUAUGGUGGAGAAGGGGAAAGAAAGGAACUAUAAUCACGUAUAAGUAAUUAAGUAUGCCAAGUUUAAUAUUAUUAGACAAAAUUUUAUUAUUUUAUAUUUUUUUAAAUAAAAAGCUUCAUUACUCAUCAUCAGAUUUAAGUUUUGUUGGUGAUACUGUGAUAGUAGUAGAUUGAGUGAGGGCUCUGUCCUUUGUGUAGGAGAUAUACUUUACUCCUUUGUUAGUUAAACUAUAGGAAAUACAA